AUGACUUCGACGCUGAUUCGCGGCGCCACUUGCGUGCUGCCCACCGAGAACGCCAUCACCGACAUCCUUAUUGCCGAUGGGCGCAUCGCCCACGUCGGUGCGCCAGCCGGCAGCCGUCAUGAUCUCGAAAUCGACGCGCGCGGACUCCACCUGCUGCCGGGAGUGAUCGACGACCAAGUGCACUUUCGCGAGCCCGGCCUGACCCACAAAGAAGAUCUGGCCAGCGGUAGUAGUGCUUGUGCCAAGGGCGGCAUCACCACCUUUCUGGAGAUGCCCAACACUCAACCGGCUACCACCACGGUCGAGCUGCUGCACCGCAAGCUAGCCUUGGCCGCGGGCAAGAGCCGGGUGAACUACGGCUUCUACAUUGGCGCCACCCCGGACAACGUCGCCGAGCUAGCUGCCGCCGAGCGCACUCCGGGGAUCAAGAUCUUCAUCGGCUCGUCAACCGGCGAUUUGCUAGUCGACGAUCAGGCUGCCCUGGAGCGGAUCUUCGCCGAGACCCGCCUGCCGAUCACCGCCCACUGCGAGGACGAAGCCACCGUCCAGGCCAACCGCCGGGCCCUCAGCGACGACCUCGAGCUCGCCGACCACUCGCGCAUCCGCGACCAUCGCGCCGCCCUGGUCGCCACCCGGCGGGCCCUGGAUCUGGCUUUCCGCCACCGGCAUCGUUUUCACGUGCUGCACGUUUCGACCGCCGAAGAAGCCCGGCUACUGGCCGAUCACCGACAGCUGAUCACCGGCGAGGCUUGCCUGCACCAUCUACUGUUCGAUGUCGACGACUACCCACGCCUCGGCAGUCGCAUUCAAAUGAACCCAUCGAUCAAGACCGCCGCCGAUCGCGAGGAACUUUGGCGGGCGCUGGCCGACAAUCGCCUGCAGGUCGUCGCCACCGACCACGCACCGCACACUUUGGAAGAGAAGGCCCAACCCUACCCACAAUCUCCUUCAGGCCUUCCUGCGGUCGAGAACUCCUUGGCCUUGAUGCUCGACCAAGCCCACCGCGGCAAGAUCUCCCUACGGCAGAUCGUCGCCUGGAUGUGCGACGCCCCGGCGAGGGUGUGGGAUCUGGUCGGCAAAGGCCGCAUCGCCGAGGGCUACGACGCCGACCUGGUGCUGGUAGACCUGGCCAAAGAAGCCACCAUCCACGACUCCGAGCAGCUCACCAAGAGCCGCUGGAGCCCUUGGCACGGCUCCACCCUGACCGGCUGGCCGGUACGCACCUGGGUACUAGGUCGGGAAGUCUUCCGCGAUGGGCAGGUCGAUCCUCAAGCCCGAGGCCAGGAAGCAACCUUCGACCACGCCCGCGGCGGGUAUUGGGCAACAACUAGCGAAUCGGAAGCAGAGAACUCGCCGGUCGCGUUUUCGCCAGCGAGCUCCUGA